AUAAAAAUUAGAAAACAACAAGAGCACCUUCCCCAAUAAUUUCUCCUGUUUUGAGCGUCGAUUAAUUAACUUUUGAGUGAGAAAAUCGCCGGGAAACGAUGGAAUCAGAGAAAGCGACGAAUGAAACCCUAGUCUCAGAAGCCGAGGCCAAUCAAGAGCCGACACUUCAGCAGAAUUCUCAGUUAGACGAAGAAGAAGAAGAAGAAGAUGUUGAGGAUGAAGUGGGAGUUGAUGAAAUUGGAAUAUCGAAAUCGACAUCGUUGGAUCAGAAGGAGAUUCUGAGUGCUCUGGAGGUCGUGGAGAGAGACUCGGUGGCGAUCGCCGACAGCUUCACCUCUCUCUUCGCUUCCCUACGCUUGGCUCUCUCCGAGGUAACAAGCACUUCAGUUGACCAUAUGCGAUGCUUCAGUGAUGCUGCAGGCCGACUUCAAGAAUGUGUGUCUGGCCGUAGACUCUCUCUUGCGGCUUCCACUUCAUGGCUGCAGAGAUCCUGCUGCCAGUGCCAGGCUUUAUUCUUUACCUUUCCAUCACUUGCCCAGUUGCCCUUACAGAAGAGCUUGGUGAUAGUAGCAAAACAACAGUUAGUUUUUGCACUUGAUGCAGCAACAAAAGGGAAUCGCUAUAUAAAUUCCUGUCUCAGAUUAAAUGAGGAAAUAAAAGGCAUGGAUAGUCUAGCCACACAACUAUUUUCACUCUGCAGUUCCAUUGGAUUUGCUUCCUUGAUGUUUGCAAAGAAAAAUUCUGAGGAAGAACGUAGAUACUUUGGACUCGGCUGUGAAUAGGCUCCUACGUCUUCCAUGAUGGUGAUAUUCUUGACACUGAUUUUGUCAGUUACAAAGAUUGCUUCUUCAAAUUUCUUUGUACCUGUGAUGUGCUAGUUUACUUGAUUAUUUUUUUAAUGAUUGUUUCAGUGUGGUUGAUAUUACCUCUAUACUAAUAUAUGAAGGCAGAAGGCUAUUGGUGUUGUGUGGAUUUUGUUCCAUACCAAUAUUAUCCUCAAAUUGUUCAUUUA